CACAUCACAUGACAUCGUUCAUUCGUUUCUUUCCCGCAUCGAUGCGAAGUUCUGCAUCGACUGUGAGCGAAAAACAGAUUACAGGAAGGGAAAACAUGGAUGGACAAGAUUCAGAUGAUUCAAAGCAAAGCACUGCUGAUAUGACAGUUUUUGUCCAAAACCUUCUUCAGCAGAUGCAAUCCCGGUUUCAGGCAAUGUCGGAGUCUAUUGUCUCAAAAAUCGAUGACAUGGGCCAGCGGAUUGAUGACUUGGAGCAGAACAUCAAUGAACUCAGAAACGAAAUGGGAACUGAGGGCUCUCCCUCUCCAGUGGCUCCAACGAAAGCAAAGUCAGAAGACACAAAACCAUCGGAUGUUACACCAUGAUAUUAGGUGUGAUGUGUGAACAGAAGGUCGGGGUUUCGCUGGACAUGAAAAUGGAAGUUCCUUCUAUUACACUGAGAUAAGUUUCUCUACCUGCUUUCUUAUUUUGUCGUUUUCUUAUAGUUUGGAGGCUGUAAAGUACUUGUUAGAAGAGUAUAUUCAGCUUCUCUUAAAUGUUCUAGUCUAGCUGCUUUCUUGUUUUGUCAUUUUCGUAUAGGUUGAAGUGCCUGAAAGUCAAUGUAUGUUUUUCAUGAGAUUCGUCAUUUAUUGUGGAUAAGAGCAGAUUUGCUUCUUCAGAUACGUGUUACUACUGUUAAGUGUGACAAA